AGUUCUGUUUUUGGCCUGCUCGUGUCGCGAGCGUCUACGCACGUUGUCACAAAUUACAGAAGCAAUCUCUAUUGUAGCGGACCGUUUACUUCAUGGUGAAUCAUAGAAAUAGUUUCGAUUUGCUUUACCUCUUUUAUUUUGCACUCAAAACGUAAGAGCCCUUCAUUAGGACAAGGAUAAACACGCGGUACAUUUCGUUCACGAACUUAAGACAAAGAAAUUAUGGAAGCGUGCGAGAAUCGUGUGCAAGAAAAUCGACCGCAGGAUGGUGAAUAUGGAUUUGUUUGGCAAGAUUUUCUGGAUGCUACAGAGAGUGUGGAAGUACCACAAAUUAUGUUUCCUCAUGUUGAAUUAACACUGCAGAAUAAUAUAGAGAUUGGCAUGGCAUUAGAAGUACCAGUGCAAAAGAAUACUGAACAAGAAACAUAUUGGGUAGCUCAUAUUGUCAUGGCUUGUGGACCCUUAUUAAGAUUGCGUUAUUUUGGUGGCGAUGACAGAUCAUUAGAGUUUUGGUUUAAUCUUACAAAAGAAGCCGGCCAUGAGAUUGGUUGGUCUUUAAAAAAUGGUAUAAAGUUAGAACCACCUGACUCUAUACUCGAAAGAUCACCAGAUUGCGUAGACAAGCUGCAUGAGUUCCUCACAACAGCACAUGCCCUUCCGUCCGAGAUGUUAACAGGGAAUGGCCUCAGUAUGACAGAAAGAAUUAAGCAGAAUAUGAAAGUGGAAAUAUGUGAUGUAUUACAUCCAUACAAAUUAUGGGUAGCUACGGUAAGAAUAAUAGCAGAAUUAAUCAAUUUUGUACAUAGAUGUUGUAUAAAACUUUUAAAAGAUCGUACAGACUUAUAUAUAUUUGUACAAAAAAAUAUACAUAUGUUUUCUUUAUUUAGGAUUACUCAACCAUUAAGUUGGGCCGGAAAGACUGAAAACUUUGACUGGAAUGAAUAUUUAGAAACGUUCCAUGCUAAUCCUACAUCCGAAAGCUUGUUCAGCAUUCGCGAGAGUGCUGCUGAAGCAGGCUUCGAAUGUGGCAUGAGACUAGAGGCUGUCGAUUUGGAACAUGAAGAUGUGAUAUGCGCCGCUCACAUCACUAAGAUCGUCGAUAAUCUCUUAUGGAUAAAAUUAGAUAAUUACGAACAUUGCCGACCAGAUCAUAUAGUCGACAUGCAUUCCUUGGAAAUCUUUCCUGUUGGAUGGUGCGAGUCAAAUCAUUAUCCGCUGAAACCACCAAGGGAUUAUGUUGAAGUGUGUAAAAAGCUGCAAAUAUCUGUAAAAGAGGAAAAAAACAAUGUUUUGGACAUACCGAUAUCUGAACCACGAUCUUCACUUUGGUGCCCAAAAAUAUACUUUAAUUACCGAUGCUUCACAGGCCCGAUGAUUUCAAAGGGCAAACUAGCGACUCUUCCCAAGGCAGUAGGACCCGGACCAGUUAUAUUGGUUAUGCGAGAAGUUUUGUCCAUGAUUGUGUCCGUUGGCUAUAGAAGCGCUAGAAUACUGAAGGUAUUACAGUGUGAUUCCAAACCAGACCCCGGCUAUCACUUGGAAGUUUUGAAGGCAAAGCACAAGAAUAAUACUUAUCGUGCGAACGUAGCCAUUGUUACAUCCGGAGAUAUGGUAGCAGACUUUUGUCGGGGUAUAUGCAAGAAAUUAAUGGUAUGCCCAAAUUUAUUCGGUCCGCUACACAUUUCGGAAAAUCAAUGUCCCGAUGAAUGCUACAAAACCUCUAAGACUAAGUAUACAGCAACAGUUGGAACUGGAAAAAGAGGAAAGCCUAAAGGAUAUACGAGUAUCAUGGUGCAAAAACCAAAACCUUGGAGUAGAAGGCGUAAAAGAAGGCGAGGUAGAUGGGUGAAACAUAAAGAAGUUCAUGAUGAAUACGAUCACGAAGAGGAUAUCUCAUUUAUGUCAUUAGAUCUGGCAAAGCAUGUUUCAAACAGUCUCGAAGAGUCGUACGAUGGGAGACAACCACUCUCAGAAAUAGAUAUCAUGAUACAAAAAGGAUUAGAAAAGUCCGACAAAUCGGAUGAUUUUAAGACUGAAACACCUUCCAGUAAUGUCUCAGAAGAUUCUGGUAGUUCGUUUAUCGACAGAAAGACGCGGGACAGGGGGCCGUGCAGUCCUCCCAGUUUAAAUUCUAAACAACAUUCCACGAAAUUUAGGCAAAAUUCUGGAAUCACUAGAGGAAGCCUUAAGAGGGAACGAGAUUGGGACACAAGUAUAGAAUCCGAUUGCUCUGAAGCAGAUGCCGAAUACGUGAGAAUGCAAAAGACGCAACGGCGGCCAAAAACACGAAAGCUCGAUUCGAAUCCUCUAUUCUGGUCCGUAGACGACGUGUUUCGUUAUCUUAGAAAAACGAGCGAUUGCAAAGAUCUUGCGUAUCGCGUCAAGGAAGAGGAAAUCGACGGUCUUGCAUUUUUAUUGCUAAACCUUCCUUCUCUUACUCAACAUAUGAAAUUGCGAACGAGUGCGGCUAUGAAGCUUUGCCGACAUGUGGAACAAGUUAAGGUUACCUUCUUUCUGCGGCACAUUAACGAAGUAGAGCCUGAGUAAUACCAAAUUGUCUAAACGAUAAUUUCGUGAUGUAAUUUGCUUUCUUCGUUUGUGAUAUAAGUGUGUACAGUUAUGUAUUCACGAGAUCACGAGAUAAAACGAAAAGAACAUGUAUUAUAUUUAUAUAGUGUAAUAUUAUUAACUUAUAUUAGAUGAUAAGAACAUUAUUUUUAGAUGUAUUAUUUUUAAGUACGCAAGUAAUGAAAACACGUAGAAAACUGCAUGUAAUUCAACACAACAAUAUUUCUUUAUGCAAUCGAAAUUUAUAUUGUGCUUUAUUUAAUUAUUAUUAUUGAUUUUACAAUUAAAGCAGUAAAUACAUAAAAACUAAA